UGUGAGACAAUUAUGAUUCUAUUAUUCAUAUUCCUGGAGUAGGGUUUCAAAUUUUUUUUUUUUAACUAUAUACCUUUUUUUUUAGUUUUUUUUUUUCUCCUUCUGUUUUCACAAGGAGGUAAACUUAAUUAAUUCCUUCUUCUUCCUUUCUAGUUCCUGAAUUUGUUAAAUUAUUUUUCUUAGGGGGUGGCUUUGGUAAGGGUGGUUACUUUACCAAAGGUUUUUUCUAGGACCAGCUUUUUAGUGAAUGCAAUUUUUUUUUUCUUUUUUUUGUGUCUAAUUAGGUUUAAGCCUUUUUUUUUUUGCCUGUUCUUCUCCUACAUGGAUUCAUUUGUGUAAUUCUGACUCUAUAUAUCCUUUUUUUAUCUUUUGGAAUUAUUUUCUUAUUUUUGGGGUCUGAAUUUCUCUGGCAAUUAGUUGUUUUGGCUAGCAGAAGAAACAUGCUCCUCUGGAUAAUUAUUAAUGGGGACAGAGUGCAUCCAAGCUCAGCGCAAUAGAUCACACAUAUUACGGAUGCUCCCGGAUGAUUUCGAGGUUUCUCCAUGUUCUUCUAAUUCAGAAAAGAUUCAUAAAGAUUUGAGUGGCAGCACGAUGGAUAACGAAACAUCAAUAAAGUCACUUCGGCGUAGACCUCGGGAGAACAACAGUCAGUUUGAUAAUGACUCAGAAGAGGGAGAUUCUGACUGCGUGCUUUUUGAAGAGGUUGAGGCGAGAUGGAGACCUGAAGGAGCAUGCAGGCCUAUCCUUGAUGAAGCUCCUGUAUUUUAUCCAACUGAGGAGGAAUUCGAAGAUCCUCUAAACUAUAUCAACAAUAUAAGGCCAAGAGCAGAACCAUUUGGAAUUUGCCGCAUUGUUCCACCUCCUUCUUGGAAACCCCCUUGCUUUUUAAAAGAGAAGAAGGUAUGGCAAAAUUUGAAGUUUUCUACUCGAGUACAGCAGAUCGACAAGCUACAAAACCGUGAAACUCUGAAAGGGACCAGUAGAAGUCGCAGUACUCGGAGGAGGAAAAGGCAAAAAGUUUCGAAAUUUGGGGGAAACAGUGAUGACAGAGAUGAUGCUGAUAAAUUUGGGUUUGAAACUGGUCCGGAUUUCACACCGAGAUCAUUUAAGAAAUACGCUGAUGAUUUUGUGGGGCGGUACUUUCGGACAGAUCAAAACAAGAGUUCAGAUUUAAGGUGUAGAGAGCAAGAAUUAUCGGUAGAGCAAAUUGAAGGUGAAUAUUGGCGGAUAGUGGAGAGGCCAACAGAAGAAAUUGAGGUGCUCUACGGUGCUGAUUUGGACACAGGAGAGUUUGUCAGCGGUUUUCCUAAAAAUUCUUCCUCUAAUGAACUCGAGGAUCGGUAUGCAAAAUCCAGUUGGAACUUAAACAACUUUCCCAAGCUUCCAGGUUCUAUACUCAGCUUUGAAGGGGGGGACAUCUCUGGUGUUAUAGUGCCAUGGUUGUACUUUGGAAUGUGCUUCUCAACAUUCUGUUGGCAUGUGGAAGACCACCAUCUAUAUUCAUUAAAUUACUUGCAUUUUGGUGCUCCAAAAAUGUGGUACGGAGUGCCAGGAAAGGAUGCCUUGAAAUUUGAGGCCGCCAUGAAGAAGCAUCUACCACAUUUGUUCGAAGAACAACCAGAUUUGCUUCACAAUCUUGUAACUCAAUUUUCACCAGCAUUAUUAAAGCUGGAGGGAGUAUCUGCCUAUCGCUGUGUUCAGCAAGAAAGAGAGUUUGUUCUUACUUUUCCACGAGCAUAUCAUUCGGGCUUGAACUGCGGAUUCAACUGCUCCGAGGCAGUCAAUGGGGCCCCAGUUGAUUGGCUGCCUCAUGGUCAGAAUGCAGUGGAGCUGUACCGCGAACACGCCCGCAAGAGUACCCUAUCACACGAUAAGUUAUUGCUUGGUGCUGCAAUGGAAGCGGUAAGAGCUCAGUGGAAUAUUUUAUUCUGGAGUAAGGAUACAGUAGAUAACGUAAGGUGGAAAAAUGUAUGUGGACCGGAUGGUACCCUAACAAUAGCACUUAAGGAGCGAAUUGAGAUGGAAAAUGCAAGAAGAGAAAAUAUUUGCUAUUCAACUCAGUGUAGAAAACCUGAUGCUGGGUUUGAUGCGUGUGAUAGGGAAUGUGCCAUAUGCCACUAUGAUUUGCAUCUUUCUGCAGUCAGUUGUUCUUCUUGUUCAGAUAAGUUUGCCUGUCUUAUUCAUGCAGAGCAGUUGUGCUCGUGUGCGUGGAGCACAAGGUUCUUCUUAUUCCGCUAUGAUGUCAGUGAAUUGAAUAUCUUAGUCGACGCCUUAGGAGGCAAGUUUAGUGCGGUUUACAAAUGUGGAAUGUUCUAUCUUGGGCUGAGUUUAAGUUCAUUUCCGACUAAAGAGAGAACACAAGAACUCAAGCCAGACAUUAAAUCUACUGAAGAAGGCUACAUGCUACCCCUUCUUGAAAAUUCUGGCAGUUCCUCAAAGUUGGGAUUGGUGGAGCGGAAAAAGCAUCAGGAAGGUGCCGUUCGAAAUUGUUCUUCUAAUUUACAGAAUCAACAGUCGGUGAGAUACUUUCCUCAAAGUACACCUUGCUGUGGGAAAUCUCCUAGUGUAAAUAAGGCAGUCUCGGAUUUUUUGGCUGUAAAAAGUGAUAGCAGUACAGAUAACAUAAGUUGUCUUCAACAUCCUGAAUAUGGUGAGAUCAGAAGGGAGAAAACUGAAGCAGUUUCCCAAUCUGAUAUGGCCGAUAGAGGAGAUUCAGUUGAGGUGUGCCUGUCUUAUUCACAAAAUGUUCCCAAUAAGUGUGAUUAUCUGCGGGAGGACCCACGGGUGGCCAAAGUGGUGCCAAGAAUCAAGUGCAAUGUCGAGCCUCUUGAGUACGGUGUUGUAUUGUCUGGAAGUUUAUGGUCCAAUACAAAAGCCAUAUUCCCUAAAGGAUUUAGAAGUCGAGUUAGGUACCUGAGCGUUCUAGAUCCAAAGCAGAUGGGCUACUACAUAUCCGAAAUUUUGGAUGGUGGACGGUUAGGGCCUCUAUUUAUGGUUACGGUGGAACAAUGUCCAACGGAAGUAUUCAUCCACCUCUCCCCGACUAAAUGCUGGAACUUGGUUAGAGAGAGGGUGAACCACGAAAUUCAGAGACGUAGUAGUGGCGGAGUAACUAACCUUCCCCGAUUGCAUCCCCCCGGAUCGCUCAACGGUUUGCAAAUGUUUGGUUUAUUGUCUCCGCAGAUUAUUCAGGCCAUAGAGGCACUUGAUCCUAAUCACCUGUGUACAGAAUACUGGAGAUGCAAGAAGCGCGAGAAGGCCGCACUAAAUAUGCAUCAUGGUUCCAAUUUUGUGCUAAGAGGGCUCUUCAAGAAGGCGAGCACGCAUGAGCUGCAUGCUUUGCAAAGCGUACUUCGCGAUGGCGUACCACCGGAUAACUCCAGGAAAGAAUCCAUCCAGCUUCUUGACGAGGAAAUUGCGAGGCGUCAGUUGUGAAUGAGGCAGACCAUCCUUCUAUGGAACGCGAGUUAUGCUGGAUCUUUAACUUCUUCAACCGCAUGUAAAUAUUGAAGCUUGACACAUUGUAGUCAUGCAUAUUGAUCGCAGCCUCUCUUUUUUUUUUGUCGUCC